UUUUUGGCCACCAGUUCACACACAGGGGAGAGACGGGGCUGCCGCUCUUUAUUUUUUCCUCUCAGCCAUGGGUUCUUCUUCUGGAAGAUGGAUGCUCUGGACUCUGUGUGUUUGUCUCUCUGCUCUGGAGAACACUGCACUCAGGGUGACCAUGAGGGAAUCCAGUGUGGAGGUGGUCCGAGGGGAUUUUGCCAUCCUUCCCUGCUCAUUCUUCACCUCCAGCCCCCUCUCCAGACUCAAUGUGAUCUGGACUCUGGCUCCCUUCACCAACCCAGAAUCCCCAAUCCAGGUGAUUGUGUAUGACCAUGGACAAGUGAUUGAAGACCCUUCCCUCAUUGGCCGGGUGGGUUUCACAGGUAUCCCAUGGAGUGCAGAUAUUGUCCUGAAUGACACACAAGUAUCAGAUGCUGGUAUUUACCGCUGCAUGGUCAACAACCCACCAGAGACUGCAGAUCCAGGAAUUGGAGAGCUGGCACUUACUGUUCUUGCCCCCCCCUCGUUGCCUGUGUGUCAGUGGGAUGGAGACGUUGACAUGGGUGGGAGCGUCACUCUGUCCUGCACGGUGAAGGAGGGCACCCCCACUCCAGAGAUCCACUGGGAAAAACUGAAUCCAGAGGAAAUCUCACUUCCCAUCAACAUGGAGGGGGAUCUGUCCGGCUCAGUGCAGAUUGUCAACGUGUCGUCUCAGACGUCUGGCCUGUAUCGCUGCUCUGCCAACAAUUUCCUGGGAACAGAGAACUGCUACGUCAACUUAUCCAUCUACAGCACUCCAGACAGUUCCUCGGGGAUCCUGCAGGGUGUGCUGCUGACCCUGUCCAUGAGUCUGGUUCUGCUGGCGCUGCUGGUUCUGAUCCUAUGGCUCCAUCGUACGGGGCAGGACGGCCGGUGGCGAGGAGGCAAAGACGACGAGGACGAGUGUUACAAUGAGAUCAGGUACACGCCGUCGCUGAUGAAACGCUCGUUUGUCUGACUUUCUGAAGACUUCAGUACUCUGGUGCAGACUGAUAAUGUACAGAUUAAUGUAAAGGCAGGCAACGUUUUCAAUAAAAGCCCAUGUUCUGAUAA